UUCUGUGAGCUUUGUAGAGAUCGCUUAUCCUUAGUCUGGACUUUGGAGAAGUGAAGAACAAUGUCGAUUGUCAUGGCAUCUCUGAAGGUUAUCCUGGGUGCGCCCUUUAAUGGUCUCAUCCAUAAAGACUUCCAACAAGUUGUAGCUAGGAUGACUCUCAUAGACAAGCUUCUUUUCUUGAUAAUACAUUCCAUUGACAAAUUGGGCAUGUGGCAUCAGUUACCAGUGUUCUUGGGUUUGAUAUAUCUUGGAAUUCGUCGGCACCUUCACCAACAGUACAACCUCUUCAAUGUCGGUGUCACUUCCGUUGGUGUUCGUUUUAACCCUGCUGAUUAUCCUUACAGAACAGCCGAUGGCAGGUACAACGAUCCCUUUAAUGAAGUUGCAGGCAGUGAGGGCACCUUCUUCGGAAGAAACAUUCCCCCUGUCAACCAGAGACUCAAGCUAGAGCAACCGGAGCCGGCGGCGGUGGCCACCAAACUUCUGGCCCGGAGAAAUUUCAAAGAUACAGGAAAGCAAUUGAACAUGAUCGCUGCAUCUUGGAUACAGUUCAUGAUACAUGAUUGGAUCGAUCACUUGGAGGAUACCAAGCAGAUAGAACUGACUGCACCUAGUGAAGUAGCGAGUCAGUGCCCACUCAAAUCGUUCAAGUUCUACAAGACCAAGGAGGUCCCGACUGGUUUUUAUGAGAUAAAGAGUGGGUCUCUGAACACUCGAACACCUUGGUGGGAUGGGAGUGCUGUAUAUGGGAGCAAUCCCGAGAAGUUGGGAAAAACGAGGACCUUCAAAGAUGGGAAGCUCAAGAUAUCGGAUGAUGGUCUUCUCCUUCACGAUGAAGAUGGAAUUGCCGUCUCAGGAGAUAUCAGGAACAGUUGGGCUGGCGUCUCCGCUCUGCAAGCCCUAUUCGUCAAGGAACACAAUGCCGUCUGUGAUGCUCUUAUGAAGGAAUAUCCAGAGUUAGAUGACGAGGAUCUGUAUCGCCAUGCAAGGCUAGUUACUUCAGCCGUGAUUGCCAAGGUCCACACCAUUGAUUGGACAGUUGAGCUCCUGAAAACUGAUACAUUGUUGGCAAAAAUGCGUGCCAAUUGGUAUGGGUUGCUAGGAAAGAAAUUCAAGGAUACAUUUGGGCAUGUAGGAGGAGACAUCUUGGGAGGUCUGGUGGGUAUGAAGAAGCCGGAGAAUCAUGGUGUCCCUUAUUGUUUGACUGAGGAGUUCACUAGUGUUUGCAGGAUGCAUGCGCUUCUACCUGAUGACCUUCACCUUAGGGAUAUCUCUGUUGCUCCGGGACCCAACAAGGCGCCUCCAGUGCUUUUAAGGAUACCUAUGACCAAUCUGAUAGGCCACAAGGGAGAAGAAGCAUUAUCCCGGAUUGGAUUCAUAAGACAAAUGGUUUCAAUGGGACACCAGGCAUGUGGUGCCCUUGAGCUCUGGAACUACCCUCUGUGGUUGAGGGAUCUAAUUCCACAGGACAAGGAUGGGAAAGAAAGGCCGGAUCAUGUUGACAUGCCUGCACUUGAAGUUUACAGGGAUAGGGAGAGGAAAGUUGCCAGAUACAACGAAUUCCGUCGGAGCUUGCUAUUGAUACCCAUCUCCAAAUGGGAGGAUCUGACGGACGAUAUGGAAGCAAUUCAAACACUGCGACAAGUGUAUGGAGAUGACGUUGAGGAGCUUGAUCUCAUUGUGGGUCUCAUGGCUGAAAAGAAGAUUAAGGGAUUUGCCAUUAGUGAGACAGCCUUCACCAUAUUCUUUAUGAUGGCAUCCAGGAGGUUGGAAGCGGAUCGGUUCUUCACAAGCAAUUAUAAUGAGGAGACGUACACAAGGAAGGGGCUGGAAUGGGUAAACAAAACUGAAAGCUUGAGAGAUGUUAUCAACCGCCAUUACCCAGAGAUGACAAAGAAGUGGAUGAACUCCGCCAGUGCCUUCUCCGUCUGGGACUCACCUCCCCAACCUCACAAUGUCAUCCCCCUCUAUCUUCGUGUUCCCCAUUAGUGAACCAGCUUUAUUUAAUUUAAUUUAUUGCACUCUUAUACCAUCCGAUCGUGGAGUCUAUCCAUGCAUCCAUGAAAACAAGAGGAAUGCUGCUAGCAUUAUGAUAAUAGUUAGUACUUACUAGCUACUUAGUAGGGUAAUAAAUAAACUAAGCGUCUUUUGUUUGUGACCCACCUGUGUCUGUGUCUGUGUCUGUGUCUGUGUGUUAUUCACUUAUUUGUGAAGGUGAAAGAAGGGGCACUUUAUACGUA